CUCGAAUCGCCGGGCGUGCAGAUGCUGGGCGAUGUGCCCUGCCUGCAGAGGCUGAGGGUAAAGCCGAGCACUUCUCGAGGGCCCCUUGCUCCACCGGCCUGAUGCCCGACGCUGGCAUUUCGCUUCCCACAACCACUCAACGCCAUGAUAUCGCCCCAUCACCAGAGCACCCACUGCGAUACGUCCAACUUUGGCGUCACCGACGUUCGCACCUUGAUCCUGCUUCUUGCCUCGCCCGAGCCGGCCGUCUGCCUCAGCUCGAUCGAAGCCCUGACCAAGUAUGCGGAAGCAGCUUCAAAGCACCGGCUGCAGCUGCUGUCGCUUUCGGUGCUGAAGCCGUUUCUGGAGCUCUCGGCGUCCAAGGACAUUUCCAUCCGCAAGGCCGCUGUGGCUGCCAUCGCGGCGACAACAGAGCUAUCGCCCACUGACUUUCAUCCCGAGAUGAGGCAGCCGCAUCUCCUCAAGACCCUCAUCGCCCUUCUCUCGACCGAGGAGCCCCCAGAGAUCCAAGACGAAGCAGCCUUCUCUAUCGCCAAUCUGGCUCGCGACUUCGCUAACAAAUCCGAUAUCCGACGGUACGGCGGCAUCAAGGCUCUCGUCAAGCUGCUCGAGGUUGCGGAUCCCGAUGCCAAGAAGAACGCCGGAUACGCCCUCUCUGCGCUCCUGGACGACUUCUCAAAUCGGACCGAGGUUCGAUAUGUCGGCGGCCUCAUUCCCCUCCUCGAGCUCCUGGGCUCAGAGUUCAAAGAGAUUCAGGAAAAUGCCCUCAAUGCUCUCAUCAAGUGCGCUGAAGACUACGCAAGCCGAACUGAAAUCCGACGAGUCAACGGGGUCAAGCGGCUGAUAGACCUAACAGCCCAGGAUCUCCCCGAUCUGCACUAUUUGAUGCUCCACUGCCUCGCCAACUGUUUGAAAGAAAACGAAACCGCCAAUGUGUUUGCAGAGCUCGGAGGUCUUCAGCCGCUGACAAAGUUCUUGAGCGUCGAAGAUAUUCGCGCCAGGAAGAAUGCGUCGAUUGCAAUUUGCGAGGCCGCCAAGAUCGAGCGCAACCAGAACUACCUGCGGGAGAUGGGGGCGCUAUCGGCUCUCGUUUCGAAUCUUGGACACGCUGAUCCUGGAGUCGUCAGCCAUGCCGCCAUGGCAAUCGCAGCGCUGGCGCAGACAGAAAUCAACCAGAUUGAGCUCAACAAGCUCGGCGUUGUCGAGAUCAUGAUCAAAAACAUGGCAGGCGAAGAUGCGGAUGUUGUCCGACAAAGCGUUGCAGCACUCUCGAGCCUGUGCCUCUCUGCCAAGAUUCGAUCACGAGUCAAGUCCCUCGACGGCCUUUCGCCUGUUGUCAAGCUCCUGGGAUACGAAGACUCGCAGACAGUUGCAAAUGCAGCCGAGUGCAUCUCCAAUCUCUCUGAAGACACCACCAAUCGUGCAGAGAUCGUCAAGCUCGGGGCCUCACUUGCCUUGGUUUCAGACUUGACCCGGGACGACCCCAAGAUCCAGACGGCGGCGGCCUUGGCCCUGGCACGAUGUCUCCAAGAAGCCGAAGGACGCCUCGCUGUCAGCAAGGACAUCACAAUUGCGCGGCUGGUUGAACUCCUCAAGUCCAGGGAGAUCAACGUCUGUCGUAAUGUUGCAUACGCGAUCGCAAAUGCAGCCCAGUACGAGCCGAACGCUGUUAUUGCCUGCCAGCUCGGCGGGAUCGAGGCCUUGCUGGCGCUCAGUCGGGAUGCCACCAAGAACGCAGUCAAAUUUGCCAGCGAUGCCCUGGAAAAGUUACUCAAUCACCAGCUUUCGGCAAAGUACUGGCUCAAGAACGAGCUUACCAGAGACAACAUCAUCCGCGACGGCUUUUUUGACAUGGGUUCGGCUGGCCCCAACCUCGAUGCCAUCGCAACUUUCCCGUCGAUUAUGGAUCUCACCGCUCAGGCGGUAGACAAGCGGCGCGAGGUGAUUCUCGUCGAUGCCACCCAAGAUCCAGCCUUUGAGAGUCUGAUUCAAGAAGCUCGCCGGGAGGGCGUCCUUGAGAAACUCAACCGACGCGGCAGAAUCGAAUACAUCGCCCGCAUUGUGUCGAAUGCCAUGGGCGGCCCCAUCGACGUCGACCGGCUCAGCGAGGCACCAUACAAGUUCAAGAUCACCCAGACAAAGCUCAAGCUCGGUACCAAUGUCCUGCCCAUUGGAUCGAUCAGCCAAGGGAUCUUCUACCACAGAGCGCUUCUCUUCAAGGCCUUGUGCGAUCGGAUCGGGCUUGGCCCCUGCACUCUGGUUCGUGGGCACUACAACCGCGGCUGGAAUGUAGUCGAUAUGAAGGCACUGUCUCUACGGCAACUGGUGACGGUUCCCAAGAAUACAGGCGCCCGUUCUGUCACCAGUGCCGGGAGUCAGCGAUCAGAUGCCCGGCAGUCUUCGGCCGGCAGCCAGCGCGGAGGCGGCUUGGUGACCGCCAGUCGAUCCCACAGCACCGCCGACACAACGCCGGUCUUGACCGUUCACCUUGAGGAGGACUCUGAAAUCGACCACGCCAUUGUGGAUCUGAUGCAUCACCCCGGCCGACUGCUUCCCCUUGGUAGCCCCGAUGCCGACGAGUACCAGCGCAUGAGUUGAACCAGUGCUCACGAAGCGAAACGGGAUACGUGUUUGCCUCCGAUAGGUUCUGUUUUGGAUACGAAUACAUACACACUUGUCAUUCACAA